GCCUGCUCUUCUUUGCAGUCGGAAGAAGGCGCGCGCAGACAGAGACGCAGGAAGCGGCCCGACCGACGCAACGGAUCGAUCGGUAGACAGAGAGAAAGAGAGCACAGGCCAUACGAGACACAUAGCGUAUUAAACACAGGGAAGGAUGAGUCGCGAAGAGCGCAAAAUGGCGCAGAUCAUCGCCAGUAUCGAGCGCAUGGAACAGGAGGCGCGCGCGUCAGGGGACGACUCGAACCGGACACAGGAUGGGAGCGAAUCGGCCAGACAGGGAGGUCGUGGAAAGAAGGGCAAGAAGAACAAGCUCUCCGGCGUCAAGGUCAAGACUGGCAAGAAGCUUAAGGUGACGGCCGUCGCAGGGGGCAACAGGGCUCCAUUUGGGCGCAAACUGACGCCCAAAAAGCGCUGGAUCCAGCUCUGGAGCGCACAGAUGGACACGUGUAAGGAACAGGACGCCAGUAGCUCGUCCGAGGAACCGGAGGCCGAAGCGGAGAAGGAGACGCUUGCGAUCGCCACGUCGCCCGUGUCAGAGGUCAAGGUGACCCCUGCUGCGCCCCCUGCUCCACUCGCUAUUAAUGAACCGACGGAGAAGGCGCCAGAGAUCCCAGAGAAGUCGGAGGCUGUGGCGAUGUCGGCUCCAUCUCCGAAGCCGAAGGAGGAAGAACCUCCCGCACCGGCUCCUACGAGUGUGACAGAGAACAAACCGCAGGAACAGACCACAGAGAAACAAAUUACAGAGACCCCCAAGCUGACGACACCCAAGGCGAUGAUCACGCCGAAAGCCGCUAGCGUGGCAGCCUCGUCAUCGGAGUUACGUGUGAAGACGCCGUUGAACAACGAGUCGUCGCACUUGUCUCCUCCGUUGGAGCGGAACAGCCCCACAACUACCGCGUCUAUCAGUCCGUCGGCGAAGGUGAAGGACAGUGAAACGCCGAAUACCAACACAGCAGCUGCUGCAGCGGCAGCAGCCAAGUUCUCCCCCGCAGCUUCUGAACAUGAGAAGCCGGUGACUGAGAAGAAGGAACUCUCUCGAAAGGAUUCGGCCCCCAGACUGGAGAGGAAGAGCAGUAGCAGUAGCAGUGUGGGCAAGGGAGACGACAGCUAUCGGAGGGACACAUCAGACCGCCACCAGGACCGUGGCAGAAAGCGCAGCUUGGAGAUCAGUGAGGUACCCAUGUCCGAGGAAGCCAAGCGACGAGCUGAGCGGAGGAGGAAGCGGAAGUCGAACUGGGAUGUGGGCGAUCCACGCAAAGGAGGCAGCCCUAUCGCCGACCCACCUGUCAGUGCCGCUGCUGCAGCGGCUAAUCAGCAGUCCUUCGCAAAGUAUCCACCCAACCGGCCGUCAUGGCGGCAUAGUCAGAGCAUGAUGGACAUGAAGCCACAUUUCCAAAGCGGACAUCGAUCCUCAAGCUUUUACAGCAACGGAUCCAGCUCAGGGAGUCGAAGAGGCUUCUACCAUUCGAGUUCAUUGCCUCAGGAUCGCUCCCGAAGUGCAGGACGCUCGUCAACGCGAUACAGCUAUGGCAAUAGCAGCAGCGGCGGCAACUACAGGUGAUUGACCGCCUGCGACGACUGCAACCAGUGAGUGAACAGACCCCACACCCAAGUGGAGGCGGAUAUAUCUAUGAGACGCGACCAUAUUGUGUAGAAAGCGAAGCUUAGCGAGCAGGCAGACUCCUAGUCAGCAGGCAGCUUAAGCGAAUGCGUGUUGUCGUCAUGUCAUGUGCAAGCAAGUGUCAAUUAGACCUUCAUUCAAACUCGUGUUUCGUACACUAAUGUAGGACUUCGGAUUUGU